CGCCGCGUCCCUGCACUACACGCGACCUCCAAGUUACACGACCCAUAUCACAGACACCUUUUUGACCCCUUUUUAAUGUGCCACGGCAGCAGGUACACUUUUCCCAUCAACGAUAUGCCGUUCGUCUCGUUUGAAGCAACGGAGCUUAUCCGCUACACGAUCUGGUGGGGUCUAACGCCCGCCGGGAUCGAGCCUAUAAAUUGCCAUGCAUGAGCGUGGUGCUCCACAGACACACAGCCAAGUACAAGCCUCUUGCAAGGCAAGACAGCAACAAAAACACGAGCAGAUGGCGAAGCACUUGACCACAAUGUGCAGCCUCCUGGUGUUCGUGUUGCUUGGCUUGGGCUCCCAGCUGGCCCGAUCACAGAUCCUCUUCCAGGGGUUCAACUGGGAGUCGUGGAAGAAGCAAGGCGGGUGGUACAACUUCCUCCAAGGCCAUGUGGACGACAUCGCGGCCGCCGGGGCCACGCACGUCUGGCUCCCGCCGCCGUCGCACUCGGUGGCGCCGCAGGGGUACAUGCCGGGCCGACUCUACGACCUGGACGCGUCCAAGUACGGCACCCACGCGGAGCUCAAGUCCCUCAUCGCCGCCUUCCACGCCAGGGGCGUCCAGUGCGUGGCCGACGUCGUGAUCAACCACCGGUGCGCCGACUACAAGGACAGCCGCGGCAUCUACUGCGUCUUCGAGGGCGGCACCCCCGACAGCCGCCUCGACUGGGGCCCCGACAUGAUCUGCAGCGACGACACGCAGUACUCCAACGGCCGCGGCCACCGCGACACGGGCGCCGACUUCGCCGCCGCGCCCGACAUCGACCACCUCAACCCGCGUGUCCAGCAAGAGCUCUCCGACUGGCUCAACUGGCUCAAGUCCGACCUCGGCUUCGACGGCUGGCGCCUCGACUUCGCCAAGGGAUACUCGGCCGACGUCGCCAAGGUGUACGUCGACAACACCGUGCCCACCUUCGUCGUCGCGGAGAUUUGGAGCUCCCUUCGCUACGACGGCAACGGCGAGCCAUCGAGCAACCAGGACGCCGACCGUCAGGAGCUCGUAAACUGGGCGCAGAACGUGGGUGGUCCCGCCGCGGCGUUCGACUUCACGACCAAGGGUGUGCUGCAGGCAGCCGUCCAAGGCGAGCUGUGGCGGAUGAGGGACGGCAACGGCAAGGCGCCCGGGAUGAUCGGGUGGCUGCCGGAGAGAGCGGUCACCUUCGUGGACAACCACGACACCGGCUCCACCCAGAACUCGUGGCCCUUCCCCUCCGACAAGGUCAUGCAGGGCUACGCCUACAUCCUCACUCACCCAGGAACUCCCUGCAUCUUCUACGACCACGUUUUCGACUGGAACCUGAAGCAGGAGAUCAGCGCAUUGGCUGCAGUACGGUCAAGAAACGGGAUCCACCCGGGGAGCAAGCUGAACAUCCUUGCCGCUGAUGGAGAUCUCUACGUUGCCAUGGUCGACGACAAAGUGAUCGUGAAGAUCGGGUCACAGUACGAUGUCGGGAACCUGAUCCCCUCGGACUUCCAUGCCGUCGCUCAUGGCAGCAACUACUGCGUUUGGGAGAAGAGUGGCCUCAGAGUUCCAGCGGGACGCCAUCACUAGACCCAAAAUAGGGGUUAAUUUGGGUUUAUUUGAGCCUGGAAAAGAAAUUUGUGUUAGAUUAAAUAAAUAAUCGGAAUCUUAUUGUACUAAGCUUCUUUCGGCUAAUUAUUGAAAGAAGAUUAUAAUGUUUCGAUGUAUUCUGUUGACCUGGGGAUUUUUGUAACCGCUUGAAAUGGGGAAAUGAAUAUGAUUCUUGUUAAGCUGAA